CUGCCCUCCAGCUUGUGAGUGCAUUGUGCAGGUAGAGCCUCCAGCCCAGGACCCUGCAGGAUUAGGAGGCUUCUUCUUCUUCCUCUUCUUCUUCUUCAAACUGGAAGGAGUUUGCAUUGCAGAAGUCAUCCAUCUCUACACAUUCCACUUGGAUCUUACCCUGGAGAAAGUCUUGCUUUGCACCAGUCUAGAGUCCUUGUGGUGCCCAGGCUCAGCUGUUUGGCCCCCUCUGUGGUUGUCCCUGGCCCAGCUGCUGUUACAGGAGCCCCCAUGUCUUCAUUUGACUCCCCACAGUUGUUGAUGGUGUGUGAUCCUUGGAUUCCUCAGCAGGAUUGUAGCAUCCAGAGCUGCACUCUGCAGAACUGCUGCUGUCUCUUCUCCUGCUGAUCACUGGAGGGAAGGAGGACACAGCAGCUGCUUCAUUUCAGGGACAGGUCUGCUGAGCCUCAGCCCACCUGCCCAGCCUUGUGAUUUGGUCUUUGCUCUCCCCCAGGACAAGUUGUCAGGAUCCCUGGACUCCCAGCAGGUCACUCAUCCUCAGGAGGUUGGAUUCAUGUCCAUCUUAGGGCUAGAGAGGCCAGACAAACGGUCCCUUUCUUGGAAGCUUUUCUAAGAUGAAGUUAUGGGCUAUCUUGGCUGUCUGCAUUUUGCUGUUGAGAUCUGUGUCCAACACCCCGUUGCCUUCAAGCUGGUCAACUGGUAAGAAGAGAUCUAGUCAAGAAUCCCUGCUGGAAGACGAGGACUCGGCUUUGGGAAUGUACGCAGCGAAUUCUGAGCGUCCCACUGCCGUGCAGGGGCAACAAGGCAUCCAACAUAACUUUGCAGCUGAAGUGCCCGAUGACUACCCAGAUCAGUUCGAUGAUGUGUUAGAGUUUAUUCAAGACACCAUAAAAAGACUUCGGAGGUCAUCCAACAGGCAAUCCCUCUCCAGACGAGACAGAGGAAGAGCUGCUACAAUAGACUCCAGUAGAAAGUCAGAUUCCAGUAAAAAGACGAGCAAGGAGACUAAAAAAAGGAGAAACAAGGGAUGCGUUCUUAGGGAGAUACACUUGAAUGUGACUGAUUUGGGUUUGGGCUAUGAAGCCAAAGAAGAACUUAAGUUCCGGUACUGCAGUGGGUCCUGCAAUAACCCAGAGACAACUUAUGACCAAAUUCUAAAAAACUUGACCAUCAAGAAAAAGUUGGUUAACGACAAGGUGAAGCAAGCAUGCUGCAGGCCCAUUGCCUUUGAUGAUGACGUUUCAUUUCUGGACGACAAUCUAGUUUACCACACCUUGAGGCAACAUUCCGCUAAGAAAUGUGGAUGCGUAUGAUUUCAUUUUUUUGGAUAGCCGUGCGGCAGUGCGUAUUGCAUUCCUGAAAUAAGGCAAAGGAAGGGAUCAAGUUUCCGCCACGUAGAGGUCUCCCGGAAGUCAGAGAUGGAGAAGAGGACCAAGGAUGGUUGGGCAUGGAGCUAUCAUGAAAAUCUGUUGUGGCAUUAAUCCAGUGAGUGCCAGGAUAUAAUAAAAAAUAAAAAAAUCCUCCACAGGAGAGAUGCAGACACUGCUCUAAGACGGGGGAUGGAUUUUGACAGAUUUUUCUAUAUGUGACUCACCAGCAGUGUUGACUGGAAAGGUCGAUAUCCAGCUUUUAAGCACCGGCAUUUAUACAUCAUGCAUGUCAGGUUUUUCCUGUAUAUCUUUUUGUUACAUCAAAAAAACAAGUGUAUUACAUAAUCCGUUAGUUCUGUGUUUUGGGGUUUAAUUAAAAUUUUUGCUACUCCAGUUCAUAUUACUUUACUGUACCAAAUACUGUCAGUCAUUCUCAGUACAAUCUACAGGUAAUUAUCAAUGAUGUCACUUCCAUUUCAAAUUUUUUUUUAUUAUUAUUUUUUAUUUUCUUCUUUCUUUUUUACCCCAUAAUUUUUAAAAAAUAGAAACGUUUUCUGCCCAUGAGUAGGGCAAUGUACUUAUUCUAUCAGUUCAGGGAAGCCUUUCCUAAAGAACUGGAUCCAUCAUUGGCGCUGAAUAUACGGCUCAUGGAGCCAUAGCCAAAUGUGCAUGGAGCCUGAUAUGGAAAGCCUUGGCCAUUGUACCUUGCACAUACGGGUCCCUGAGUAGCAGUUACAGGGUAUGCCAGAACCAAAGAUGCCUUCAGAUUUUCCCAGUCAAGUCCUCAGGGAAACCCACCAUAUGGCUAAACCUGCUGAGGACAUCUACUUAAAGGGCACCUGUCAGCAGGAUCAAUCCUAUUAAAGCAGGCACACUACCUGGUACGAUUGAUCCUGCUGAUUAAAAUGAUACCUGUCUUGUGAAAAUCGGUUGCGGCAUUCCCCCCAAAAAAAGACUUCUAUUCUUUAUGGAAAUAAGGGCUUCAGUGAACGGAUGGGUGUGGCCAUCACUGGAAAGCUAAAGAGCUAAGCCCCGCCCCUUGGUGCAUGAAGAAUAAAAGUCAUCUUUUUUCUCUGGAAUGCUACAACCGAUUUUCACGAGAUAGGUAUCAUUUUAAUCAGCAGGAUCAAUUUCAGCAGGCAGUUUGAUGGGUUUAAUGGGGUCAACCCUGCUGAUGGCUGCUCUUUAAAUCAAGUAUGGCUCAAUGUGAAGGCCUUUAUUGGUAGAUACAUUCUAAACCACAGAAAAUGAUCACACCGAUUUAUACACAGGAUGAAUUUAGAGGUUCAUGUUUUUUUUGUUUUGUUAUUUUUCGACAGUACGUUGGUAAUUGGUCCAAGAGGCCGAGCAGACUACUUGAUGCCAUGCAUCCACUCAGAUACAUGAAAAAUAUAGAAUAUAUUUAUUGAUUAUUAAGUUAUUGCUAUUUAUUACAGUCCAGUUAUGAAUGUUUCUUUUUUUUCCUAUUUAUUGCAAUUUCUUCUUUGAUGGUGCCAAAGCGAAGCAUGCUCUCAAGACUACGAUGAGACGGAUGCAAGCAACUGUAUGUUGGUAGCUGUAGAAUCACAGACUUUACCCUUUUUUGCUUAUGUUUUUGGAAGGCUUAAAGAGGUUGUCCUGGAUAUGGGAAACUUGGCUGCUUUCUUCCAAAAAAAAUAAACAGACCAACAGCAACACACUGGUCCACAGGUUGCGUGUGGUACUGCAGCUCGGCCACCACAGUGCAAACAACCUGUGGUCAGAGGUGGCGCUGUUUUCGGAAGGACACAGCCAUGGUUUUUUUUCUAAUCCAGGACCACCAGUUGGAGGAGAAUCGAAGUGCUCAUGUGGACUUGUCCAGAUACUGCAAACCCAUGGAUCAUAAUAUAGUGAGAGAAUUUUUUUAAAUACUAUAAAAAUUGAGAAUUAAUGGUCAGGACAGCAGAACCUUCGCAUGACUAUAUUUAAAGGGGGUGUCCACUUUUUGCUUGAAGAGGUCCCCAGAAAACACCUGAUUACAUGGUACACUGCUGUGAGGAUCUACAGAAAUUACCUGUAAUUUGUAAAGAAAUCUGUCUGCGAGUGUUUAGUUCCCUGCAGCACCCCCACAGGGUAAAUAAAGUAUUGCACGGCGCCACAUUAAAAUGAAUGGGUAGUCCAUGUAAAGCAUGAAUGCGCUGAGUCCUCCUCAGCAAGAGACGCUCUUUGUAGCUGCUCUUUUCUUUUGGCUAAUAGAAGAAUAUGAUGAAUGGCGGACCCCCAUACAUUACCUCCAUAUGGUGCGCAAAAAUGGGGUUUAAAAAGCAGAAACCCCCUAAAAUGGGGAAAAUAAAAAUUUCCCAGUGGUUUAAUGUUAGUUCAAGAGUCCAGUGGAGAGGCUGCACAUGAACAGUUACUAUGAAGGGGUUGGGUAUGAUUCUGGCGCUGGAUCUUAGACCUGUGAAGAAGGAUGAAUGGAAACAUUUGAGCCAAGCAGUUAAAAGUUUUUUUGUCCACAUUUGCAAUAUUUUUUUGUUCAAAUGCAUCUAAAAUAAAAAAAUAACAAGCAGCUUUGCAAACGGACUUGAUGAGAAAUAUCCUCCAGUUUUGUGUUUGCAACUCCUAUGAGUCUCCAUGGUUACAGACUACAAACAAGCUUUCUGUAGUCUGCUCCUGCAAUCCAUCUGUCCUCCACUUAUUGGUAGCCCAUUCUCAUCUAAAAUUCAAAUAUGUGAUUUAAUGUUUCUUGGCACCCUCUGCUGGUUCAGUGUCUGUUCACAGUAGGCUUUCCUGAUUUUUAUACUGGGAGGUGAAAGCCUUAAACGCUUGUAUCCACAAAUCUGCUGGUUGCUGUUGGAAACAGUCAACAGGUUGUCGACAAACCCCUAACCCAUCAGUUUCUGUAUUACAGCGCCCUCUGCUGCACUGCACUCUGUACGGUUACUAUUUCCCAUAUUACUGUGCAGAGGCUGGUAUAUAGAUACUGGGCAGACCUUGAACCAGCAGGGGAUGCUGGGAGAUUUCAGCUCUGAAGUCUUUAGUAUUGUGAAUAUUCUGCAUUAGCUGCUUGCUGUAAGAAAGUUUCUAAGUCCUUCUGUGGAUCACAUAUUUUUGCCCAUUUUAAACUUUUUGGGGCUUUUUUUUUCAGGGUUUUAAUUCUUUUUUGAUCACUUCAUGUUCCGAGAAAAAGGGGUAAAGUCUGUGAUGGUCGUA